CCUCCGUUAGUAAACCCGAAGAUGUCGUUUGGUGUGGUAACUAACUGCUUACUUAUCAUUUCUAUAGCUCUAGUUAACGGAAUGCCACAGAAAGAUGAUAUAGAACAAGAAAAGUCUGAAUCACCUCCAUUUAUUCAAUUCACUGACGGAGGAAUCCGACUGAACUUUGGAGGGUAUCAUGCUGAAGCUGGACUGGGCGGUCUUUUACGAGGUACGGGUGGUGGACUUUUUGCGAGUGCUGGAACACCAUGGGGUGCACAUGCUGGCGCGGGAUUAGGCGGUAAAUUAGGUGCAGAUGGCAAGCUUGGCGGUGGUCUUUAUGCUCGAGCUGGAGCCGGUCGUGGAGGACCAGAAGCGGCUGCUGGCCUCGGUGGGAAACUGGAUGGCAGUGGACGGUCAGUUAACCCGAUUGCGGGUGGCUUGUACGCAGGAGCAACACCUGGCGGCGGUCCAGGUCCGGGCGUAUUUCUCGGCGGUGGUUUUGAUCAACCUGGAUUUGAUGGAAUUAUAAGUGGCAGCACAAAUAACGAAGCUAAUUUGAAUCCACCUGAGGCCGCUGCGAGAACAUUUAACACCCCAGCAAGUGCGGAUACAACUGCAAGUGGAAAGAAACCGAUAGGUCGCACGAAUAUACAAAUCAUACCUUCGAAGACGCACAAAGAGAAAGAGAAGGUGUUACAAGCUGACGCGAUGCUACGAGCUGAUGCACCCGCAGGUGAGAAAGCCGAGUCGCAAAAUAAGGAGACACGACGUGCAGUACCAGUCGUGGCACCCGCGGCAGAAGUGGAUCUGGUUAAAUCGGUUUAUGUUGGAGCAGCGCCAGCUGUGAAAACCGUCGUUUUGGCACCUACAGUUGCUGCACCCACACAAGGCGCAGGCCAAGCUACUGCCGCCGUCGAUACAGUUACAACAGUCGCCAAUCCGAAUGUUGUUGCAAAGCCUGCAUAUCCACGCUGGUAUCUUAGAAAAAGAUUCUGGACCCGCCCUAGGAAAAUUGUUUAUGUUGCUCCAACAGCAAUGGUUGAUACUCAAAGUUCUCCUUCGGAUAUGGUCGGCGGACUUUUUGUCAACGCAGUAGGAGACGGCAGCGUGGUUGCUGCAGGAAAAACAUCUUAUGCCAGCGAAUCUUUCAUCGAUAGUAUUUUUAAUAUCCCGAUUUCUACAUUGUCUGCUGUUAACAACGCUGUUAAUCAACUACUGGGAAAUAACGUUAAAACCGUUGCUGUAGCUAAGACUUUAUCGUAGAGCACAUUAGGGUAACAAAGUCUACAACCAUGCUUUAAGAGACCGUAAGCUGUAAGUUGUAAGUGACGAUAUAUCAGCCACAGAACUUAAGUCGUAAGAAUUUGGUUUUGCUCAAUUCGCUUAAGGAUGUUCUCCGAAAAAUCAAUUUUCUUUAGAUUUUUCUAAAACUUACAGAAAAAUUUUGUUUUAGUGUCUUGAACAUGUGCUUUAAAACUCAAUAUCCGGAGCGGGAUUAAAAAUCGAGGUAUUCCAUUUCAAAGUUAAAGCGUUUAACAUAGAAUUCCUAUUUAAAGCUUAUUCAAAAGUGGCCUUUUUAUUCAUUGUAAAAAAGUUUUUCUUAACAAUUUUUUGAAACAAUGAGACAUAAAACUUGUUAUCACAAGGACAAUAAUAUGAAAUUUGUUUGGAUAUGAAUAACCUCGCAAUAUGGCGAAUUUCAACCGGUUAAAACUCGUCUUAUGGAUAAGUUUACUGUUAUUUCCAUUUUCGUUAGAUUACGUAGACCUAAAGCAAUAUCCUGAUUGGCUUAGCGGUUUAAGUUUACUGGCUUACGGUCACUGUUGCGGAAUUUUGUGUGCGGCAGUCCUAAAGCCUAAAGACUGAGCAAAAAUAAUUUAAAGACAGAAAUUAUUGUUACUUAUACAAUGUUCACAACCUUGAUUCAAGAGGCCGUAAGUCGUAAAGUCUUAAGAAAUUGACUAAUCACAGUAGAAUAUGAGAAAAAUAAUCGAUGUGAUAGGUCAAUUUUUUACAGCUUACGGCUUACGGCAUCUUAAAGCAAGAUUGUGGAGAAGGUAUUAAUCAGGGAAUGGAAAGUUACUUUUUAAAAGUAACAAGUUACAGUUACUCGUUACCCAGUAGGA